AUGGCGGGCGGCACGCGCUUCGGCGGCGGCCGGAUCGCGGGGCGCGUUCCGCUCCGCGGGGCCUCUUCGCGGCUGCUCGACGACCGCAUGCGGCCCCUCAUUACGGCCAACGGACACGGGGUGCACCCGGUGUUCUGCAUCAAGUUCGACCGCACGGGGCAGUACAUCUUCACGGGGGCGGACGACGCGCUCGUCAAGGUCUGGUCGGUGACCUCCGGCCGCCUGAUGCUCUGCCUUCGAGGGCACGCGAGCGUGAUCACGGACAUGGACGUGAGCCCGGACAACUCGAUGCUCGUCACCUCCUCCGACGAUCGCAACAUGCGGGUCUGGGAUCCUCGCACUGGGGCGACGCUGACGGUGCUGCGGGGGCACACCGCCGCCGUCAACCUGGUGCGGUUCGCGCCGGGGGACAGCGUGGCCAUGUCGGCGUCCGAGGACGGCACGUGCCGAGUGUGGGACCUUAGGGGCCAGGGCAGGUGGGGGAGGGCGAGGCUAGGGAGAGGGCCUUGUUUCAUUGUUCUGUUUUUGCUCGCCUCAGGUAGCCACGGCAGCUUGGCGACGGAGGACGUCGUGCCGAUAGUCCUCCCGCACACCAACGAGCAGGGGGGCAUGAUCCCGGUCAUGUGCCUCUCGGUCAGCCCGGCGGGCAACCUCAUCGCCGCCGGCUGCAUCGACGGCGCCGUCCGCGUGUGGGCCUACGGCGACUCCGACGACGACGCGGCCUGGGGCAUCGGCAAGCACAACACCCGCCGCGCUGGCCGCGACACCAUCGGCCGCGGCGAGGUGUACAGGAGCGAGGCCCCCCGCCGGAGCAUUCCCCCGACCGUGGAGGCGGCGGCGGCGGCGGCGGCGACGGUACCGGUUCCAGUGGCAAGCGGAGACGCGGCGCAAGCAGAGGUGCCUCCGGCGGUGAUCCCGCCCGACACUGUCCCAGAGGGUGGAGCGGCGGCGGCGGCGGCGGCGGCGGCGUUCGGGCUGGCGGGCGGAGAGAGCGGAGGCGCCAACGGGGCAGCGGCAGAGGCGGCGGCCGGCGGCGGCGGUUCUGCUGCUCUGCGGCCGCAACUGGCUCCUUGGGAAGGCGGAUCGGGCGUAGGCACUGCUGUGAAUGGACCGUGGGGUGGUGUGCUCGGGCCCGGUCAAGCGCCGGCGCCCCCGCGGCCCCCUCCUCCUCCUGCCCCCCCGGCGGCCGUCGGGGAGGGGAGGGAGCGGCGGGGACGGCCGGCAAACCGCGGCAGCGGCAGCCGUGGUGGUGAUGGUAAUGGGGGAGUCCUCGAGGUUCGCCUGGCCACCAAGCUGUUCGGCCAUGUCAGCGGCAUUACCGACGCCCGCUUUAGUGGUCUAGGAGACCGAAUCCUCACGGCGUCCAUGGAGGACGGGACCGCCCGCGUGUACAGCUGGGGGCCGCGGUUCUCCAACGUCAAGCACGUCGUGCUCAAGGUUUGCAGACAGGACACCGCUGCGGCGGGAAGGGCGCGGGGCGGCGGCCGCGCGCGCGCGGGCGGGGCUGGCAAGAAGUCCACGCUAGACGACGCCUGCUGGAGCUGCGACGACGAGAUCAUCGUCACCACAGAGAAAGCUCCCGCGCUCACCGGAGCUGCGGCGUCUCGAUCGCAAGAUGAGGCCACGUCUCAGUUCAAGGUGUGGAGCAGCGAGACGGGGGCCCUCCUCCACACAGUCAAGGACGCCCACGCCAACACGGUCUCGGCGCUCAUCCCCCACCCCUACGACCCGAGGCGGCUUGCCUCGGUCGGUGCCGAGGGGACGGUGUGCACAUGGGACGUGGGGCGGCGGGGGGGGCGGCGGGUCCGGGCGUUCGAAAACAUUCUGGCCGCGGGGCCCCAGUCAGAGCAGCUCCACCACGGCAUGUCGGUCGCGGUGCUCGACGGGGUGUUCUCUCCCGACGGGAGCUCUAUCGCCGUGGCGGACGUGGUCGGGAGAUGGACAUUGUACGGCACCGGGCAUCGAACGGACGAGACGGUCGCAGGAAAGAAGGUUCCCCUGGAGCAGUACUUCACUUCUGACUACCGGGAGCUCCUCCGCGACGAGAGGCACAACGUGGUGGAUGCCUUCACGCAGCAGCCGCCGCACCUGGCGCAGACGGGCCUCCUUGUGGAUCACAUCGGCAACGCCUAUCCGGAGGAUGUCCAGCCUAAUACGAGCGAGCUCAAGGGGCCGCUACCGUUGGCGCCGGGUCUGGUAACUCAGCGGCUUCGAGCGGUCCAGGCUAUCGCCGCCGACCUGGCGAAGGCGCUCGCGGCGAAGGAGGCGCGGAGCAGCAACGCCCGCAGCGUCGGGGUGCCGCAGCACCUCAGCAACGGCGCGGGCGGCGCCCGGCGGUGGCAAGAGGUGCAGGAGGCAGACGCCGCGGCGAAGGCGAUCGCGGGCGGCGGCGGCGGUAGCCGCCGAAAAGGUGGCAGCAGCGCGGCGGCGGCGGCAGCAGCGGGAGGAGGCGGGACCUGGAGCGGAGGCAGGAGCCGGGGGGCGUCGACCGCGCGACAGCGAGGGUUUUACACCGACCCCGGGGAGGACGAGAUCUACCUCGAUGUCUCUGACGAGGACGGUGACUACGACGCCGAAGACCCGGACUCGGAGUACGACGACGUGCCAAGGGGUAGGAGGGCCGGUGGCGGGGCGGGCUCCCGCAGAAGGGCGAACGAGCCGCUGUCGAGGGAGGAGCGGGCGAGGCGCCGGCAGCAGGCUUUGCUCGAACGGACGGCCGGCAGUGGUAGCGGCAGCGGUGCUCGGAGCAGGGCCGGGGCGCGCGGCAGGGGGGCAGGCCGAAACAAUACUGGCGGCGUGGUGAGCAGUCUCAGUAGCGAUGAGGAAGAGGAGGAGGACGUGGAGGAGGACGAAGACGACGUGGACGAAGGCGGGGCGGGUUCCCGGUCCUCGGGCCGGCGGGGCGGCGGCAAGAGGAAGGGUAAGGGAAAAGGGAGAGCCCGAGGAAGGCGUGGCGGUGGCGGCAGCGGCAGCGGGGAGCUACCGAUCAUUCCUGACGAGUUCAACCAGUCGGUCGUCGCCGCCGACUCCGACGAGGAGAUCGAGCAGUGGCCGACGGGGGUGGAAGCGACAGGUCCCGGCGGGCGCAGCACUCGCGGGGCGGACAGGGCGGCGGCGGAGGCCGCCAUCGCGGCCGCCGGGGGGGUGCUCAAGGUCGACCGGGGCACGCUGAAGUGCGCGCUGUGCCAUGGCGGACACACGCGGGAGCGGCCGCUGCCCGGGAAGAUCGUGGGGCCCCACCCGCUCAUGGACGGGGCCUCGCAGUUGUGGGUACACGACUGGUGCGCCCUGUACAGCCCGAUGGUAUGCCGGGACGAUAGGACGGACGCGCUUUGCAACAUCACCUUGGAGAUCAAGCGCGGGCGAAAGAUGAACUGCACGAGUUGUAAGCGACGCGGGGCUACCAUCGGCUGCCUGGUGGAGUCGUGCAAGAACUCGUACCACUUUCCGUGUGCGGAGGCGACGGGAUGGUCUUUCUCGAAGGCUCAAGUCGCCUUCCACUGCAAACGUUGCCGGAAGAGGCUGGGGAGCCGAGGCGCCGGGGGCAAGCGGGGGGCGGGGGGCGGGGAUGGAGAAGAGGACAUGGUCUGGAGGUUCCCCACCCCGGCGGACCGAGAUUGGCUCACGCUUGACGAUCCUGUCAAGGCUUUGCAGCACGGCUACUGCCCCCAGGCGAGAUGCCGUUCGUUCAUGUACAUUCCUAACCCCUCACGAAAAAGCGUUCGGCAGGUGGGUGAGGUGGUCAUGUACUUCCCCCAGGGGCACGAGGCGUAUUUGCGCACGUUCCCUGAGAACCAGGCGCCCCCCUACAAGUUCUUCAAGGGGCAACCGUCCGUCGUCAAGUGCCAGGUGGGUGGGCUCCAAGCGAAGGAAGCCGACGGCGGCGGCUCUUGUGUUGCUUGGGCCGUUUUUUCGGUGGUGAAGGAGAUGUCGUUCGUCUUCCCCAAGGACACCGAGGAGGUCGGCAACCACUCGGUCGUCUGCCGCCUCUCUCUGGAGGUCCUCGGCUUCCCGGUCAGAGUCAGCUCCUCGGUGGUGACGAGGACGGCCCUCAACCAGGCCUCCAGGGGAGACAACCCCCUGGCCUACCGCGAAGACUCCUUCGCCCCCCCCCCAACCGAGGAGGGCGGGGAUUCAGCCGAGGCGCACAGCCAGACGUUCUCCGUUAGCCUGAGGGACUGCGGAGAGGCCGACUUCUUGGUCUCAGAGAGGCGCUACAACAAGUCGGUAGGGCGGAACUGGAGGCCCUCGGAGCGCGUCAUGAUGGAGUGGAAGGAAGGGGAGGACGGUGAGGACGGGGAGGGGGUCCUGAAACCGUACUUUGGGGCGGUGGUGAAGAUCGGCAUGGCGGGGGCGGGGGGCGGCGGGGGGACGCAGCCAUUGUCGAGGAACGACUGGCCGAACUCGCCGUGGGACUGCCUGAGCAUCCGGUGGGACUUGGACAACACGAUAAGCUCUCUGGGGCCAUGGGAGCCGAGACCGGUGACGUGGGACGAGAGCGGAGACCCGCCGGCGGUGGACCCAGCGAGCCUCCGUGCCUGCAUCCCCCGCGAUCUACGGGACCCCCUGGCCGCGAAGGUGCGGGAGGUUGCCGAGUCGCCGGACGCCGCGCUCUUCGCCGAGCCAGUGGACGUGGCGGACUACCAUACGAUCGUCCCCGUGCCGAUGGACCUCGGGCUCAUCCUGCGGCGCUUGGAGAAGGACUACUACUGCUCCGUAGAGGCUCUGGAGUUCGACUGCAACCUGGUGUACGAUAACUGCACCAAGUACAACGAGCCGGGCUCCGACAUCGUCAAGCUCGCCUUUACAGUGUCCGACCAGCUGGUACAAGCCAUCAAGGCCAUUUCGGAGCCUGGCGGUGGGGGCGCAGGCGGCGGCGGAGGCGACGCUGUGAUUGGCCGACCGUCCUCGGUAACUGCCAACGGGGGCGGCGGGAGCGGGAGCGGGAGGAACGGGGGGGGGGGGGGCGCUUCUUCUGCGGGACUCCAACGGUCGCGGCAAGGAUCGGGGUCUGUGGGAGGAGCGUCUGGUGCUCGGCGGGGGGGGUACGAGGAAGAGGACGAAGAGGAGGGGGAGGAGGAGGGCGGGGGAUUGAUCCGGCAGGGGAAGCGAAAACGGGCGCGGACGGAAAGAGGGAGGAGCUACUCCGGUGGUUCUUCCGCCAGCGCCGCCGCCGCCGCCGCCACCGCUCCUGUCCGAGAAUCCGAUCGACGAAGGAGAUCAACCAGCAAAGCAAGUUUUUCCUACGCCAGCGACAGCGGGGAAGCGGAGGAAGAGGAGGAGGUGGAGAAAGAAGAGGACGCUCCAAGUACGGUUGUAGGAUUUGCGGCUGGCCGGGGGAGCAGCCGAGCAGAACAACCGGCCAGCGCGGCGGCAGGAGAUCCGCCUAACGGAGCCGUGCGAGGGGCCGGGGAGAACGGGGUAGGGUUAGGGGUACCCAACGGUGCAGGCGGCGAGGGGGCCAACGGCGUCGCCGCUGUCGCCCCCGCCCCCGAGCGUCCGAUCAGCGACCUCAUCAACGGGAUGCUUGAGCACCAGAAAGACGUGCUGGCCAGGCACGGGAAGCUGGGCGUGAUCCUGCGCCUGGCGCGCGAGCGGUGGCAGUCGCCCCCCCCUCCGGUGGACGCCAACCUGUCGGCCCUGACCGAGCACCUGCUGGGCAUCCUCGGCGCGAUCGACGAGGAGGGCUGGUUCGCCGAGCCGGUGUCGGAGUCCGCGGCCCCCGGCUACAUCUCGGCGAUCCUGCGGCCGAUGGACCUGGGCACCGUGAGGGGACGGCUAGAGGGACGCCGGUACCGGGACGUUGCCGAGCUGCAGGACGACCUGCUGCUGGUGGUGGCCAACUGCUUCACCUACAACUCCCCGGGCACGUUGUUCGAGGCGGCGGCCACGAGCCUCGCGGAACAGGCGAGCGGGGCUUACGCCCAGGCCCUUGCCGCGGCGUCGGCGAUUAACGGGUGGGGCUUGUCGGGGGGCGGGGGGGGGGCGGGAGCGGCGACGGGAGCGGGAGCGGCGGCGGCGGCACCGGCGCGGGCAGUUGCUGCCACAGCACGCCGAGACCUAUUAAAGCAAGCAACUCUCAAGCACAAGGCCGGGAAGCAAGCCGCAAUUCGAGGUUGGAAACGGAUUGCAGAUGCAGAAAUUGACAUCCAGGCAAAGGCCGAAGCUGCGAAAACAAGUUCGGUAACUUCCGUCAAUAAUAAUGGGGAUGAUGUGGCCCGUAAACGGAUGAAGCACAAGGACGAAGCAACGGCAACGGCUUCGGCACAAGCAGCCGGCGACAUGGCCAGUAAGAGGCGCAAUAAGAGGCGCAACGAUGAAGCGGCAAAGGCUUCGGCAAAAAAAGCCCGCGAUAUCGCCAGUCUACGGAAAAAGCGCAACGAUGAAGCAAACGCCAACGCGUCUGCGAAGGCCUCCGCAGCGGCAGCAAAAGCUUCGGCAAAAACAGCCCGCGCUGUGGCGGGUAAACGGAAGAAGCGCAACGCUCAACAGAACGCCAACAUGGGUUCAACCUACGCACCUACAGUCACCGAGACCCCCGUCACGGCGUUCAACCAUCCUGAAGGAAGAUCGGAUGGUCAUGACCGGCCCGCACUGACGAAGGACGUGCUCGGAACAUCGAUGUUGUUCAAGUGUAUCGCCGACUUCCACACGUACAUGGCGGACAAUAUUCACAGUGUCUCGUGUGCUGUGUGUGACCUCAUGUGUCGUCGGAUUGAUUGCGAGUGGGUGUCGGCAAACGAGCUUCCGAAUCGUUCUCUUCUCACAGCCGGACCCCACCUCAAGGCCCACGACAGCAUCAUGAACGACAUGAAGGACUACCCGGGUGACACGAACAAGUGCCUUGAUGGGCUUGUGUUGGCCAGGGAAGGGUUCGAGUCCGGCCCGCUGCAUCGCCUCCGAGUUUGCAGUGAGUGCCUUCGAGACUUGAACAGCAACAAAACGCCCUACGCAACAUUGGCAAAUGGCCUGUGGGUGGGUGAUUUCCCCGAGCAUCUAAAGGAUUCGACAUGGGUCGAAAUGGCUGCUGCAAGUCCCGUUCGAACUAGCGGUAUGGUCUUCGCUUUGGAGCAGCUUAAGGUCGGUGCCAUACCCGGUUCUGCCCAUCGGAUGAUGCGCGGCACCUUUACAUUCUUCUUUCAAAAUGCAUACGGUGUAGAAAAGGUCUUGCCGACCUGCGACACCGACAUUGCCGGUUCCAUGACGUGCGCUUUGGUGGGGGCGCGCCCCACCGAAGCUCAGCUAAGGAAGCUUUUGGGAGCGAGGCGAAGCAGGAUUCAGGAGCUAAUGGAUUUCCAACGUGAUGAACAAAACCAGCUUGCAGGAGAACACGUCCUCUUCAAAAGGGCUCAAACGUCAGUAGAGAACCUGGACACAUUUCCACAGGACGGCUCAGUGCCUCCGCGAAUACUGGACUCCCUUAUUCCCGCUGUUGACGCGUCACGCUUACGUGAGAAAGCUAGCUCGUCCUACGUUCGUGACAACCGUCAACCUGAAACUCCCGUCGAUGACGCCGACGAAGCGGUCGAUGGCCAGAACGCAGACGACAACCCUGCUUUCAUCAUCGACAAUUGUGCUGUAAUUCCUUCCGGACGAGAGCAGGCUGUUUCCUCAGAAAGCAGACCGGAACGGCUGAGGACUCUCCAGACGGAUCUGAUUAACAGCGCCGGGACGGCUGCACCUACUGCCAUGGAUGUAGAAGAAGACGACGCGCAAGCCGCUGGCUCCACCCCUUCUUCCGCGUGUAGCCUGGCCGCGAAAGCGGCGGCUUCAAGGGCCGUUGCCGGUGGUCGGCCUCCACCGGAACAAACGAAAAACAUGCUGGUGUUGCCCCACACCGGCAAAAUGGUAGAGGAUUUCAACGAGCCCGGUGUCAUGAUCGCCGCGUAUUUCGAUCUCUUCCCGCAUGGUGUAGGUGGACACCUGGACAAGCGUCAGCGGCCUCUCAAUUUUACCAAGUGGGCGCGCUGCCUUCUACGUCGACGAGACCCGCGGUUCAGAAAAAACAGGACGUUUGUUUUCUGUUUGGCAGCCAUAAUAUUUCGACGGGAAGCCAUUUCCAACGCGCACUGGAAGCUGACGGGAAGGGUGUCGCGUGGCGUCGCCCAAGAGCUAGAUGGUAUCACUCCGGACGACCUACUUGCUGUUGCACGAGAGAUUGAAGGUGGUACUUCCACCGCAAAAGCUCUUGCCAACCGCCCCGCGGCCCGCCAGCUCAUUCGGACCAUGCAGUCCGUCAACGGCGAUGCGUCUUGGACCAUGUUCAACAAGAGGACACUUCGAAUGAAAGCUAUCUCCAUGAUCAUCCAGCUCGGGCAGCCUUUGUUUUGGAUGACGAUAAACCCAGCAGACAGCAACAGUCCGGUCGUCAUGAAACUUGCGGGUGUCGACCUGGACGUCAGCAGCAGGCUCAAGACGGAUCUCCCGCAGUAUGUGAAACGGCUACAGCUCAUUGCUGCCGAUCCUGUCGCUUCGGCCGAGUUCUUCCACGUCAUGAUCGACGCCGUCAUGAAAACGCUGUUGCGUUUCGGGGCCAAAGAUGGCGACGGUGGCGUUCUCGGCAGGGUCAAGGCUUACGUCGGCAUGACAGAGGAGCAGCGGCGGUUGACUCUUCACUGCCACUUGCUCGUUUGGGUUUACCAGGAGCUAGCAUCUUUCCUGAGUCGCACCAUCUUCUCCCAAGUUGCUUCCGACGAAGACGUCCAACACGCCAUGACGGGCGGCAUAGAGCCAUCAAACGCACCAGAAGAUGGUACGCCCCCGCCGUCCCGCGAUCCUCUCAAACGACCUGCAACCGAGACAAUCGCAAUGCCGCCGCCGUCUGCAUGCUUCCCGCCACCUGGAGUUGAACGCGAUGUCGCCGCCGACGAACAGUAUCUCGGACCCCUUCGCGCUGAGCUCGCGGAAAUUACAAAGGCAGCCAACAUGCACCAGUGCACCUACACCUGCCACAAACACGGUCACGCGAACUCGUGCAGGUUUGGCUUCGGGAAGGACGGAAAGCCGCUUGAAAGUCGCACAUGCGUGCAGCGCGGCUUCCGUCAGAUUUAUCCCAACGGCGACAGCGUAGUCGGGGGCGUCUUGUACUCAGCUUCUCAGAGUCGAGACGCUAUUGCAGCUGCGGAUGCCGCCGCGGCUAAAGAGGAAGAAGAGAUCCAGAAGUUUGCCGAUGAAUCCGACGACGUUUCGCGCGGGAAGCUGGAUUUCGCAACGGUAGCUGAGCGUUUUACUGCAAAGCAUCGCCGUGAGCACCGCAAAGUCAACUCCUACAAUCUCAUCAUCGCUUUCUGCACGCGCAGCAACAUGGACAUCAAGGCUCUGCUUCGCGAUAGUGAUGCCAGGGGCGCGCUGUUCUACAUCUUGAACUACAGCACGAAGACCGAGACUACAAUGGACGCUCUGUUGAAUGUCCUCGCCCCAGUUGUCGAACGGAUUAAGGACGAAGCUGAAGGAGCGCCGGCGGCCGUCACAGCAGCGCAGUUAGUCCGCGCUUGCUCGUGCAAGACGGUAGCACACAUGCCCGUAGGCGCGCCAGCUGCCGCCAGCAAAGUCCUUGAGUACACCGACGCCAAGAGUGCUCCCGACGCUCGGACCUGCCCGAUGAAGCCUCUGCUCGCCCUAGCGUCAGCGUCAUUCGACGCCUUGCCUCCGGCCGAGGGCAGCAACGAGAAUGCUGAUGACGAGGACGACGGCGACGACGACGACGACGACAACGACUACCACAGCGGUGCCAUUCUCAACACCUCCGGCGGCAAGAUCAGAAUCUCCAUAAGCUUGCACGAGCUUUACCUUCGACGAUGUCUCCCGAAUGACACCGAACACCCGUACCACGGCAUGUGUUACGCCGUUUGGGCUCGCCUAGUGCGAAUAGAGAACACGCCUCGGAAACAAAAGCCUGCGCGUCGCCCCAACGACGACAACGACCGAGAAUCGGGAGACAGCGAUGACACCUGCGACACCCCUCCUCCUUCCCCUCCUGCGGCUAGAAGGAAGCGGGGGCGCCCACUCGCGAAACGGCACGACUUCGUCGGCCUCCCGACGGUCCACAAACAGCAGCACGAAGAAGGCAGGAGGUGCCCUUCACCCUGCGGCCUCUACGUUGCCACGGCCGACGACGCCGACGCCAUCGGCACCAACGGCAAGCCUAGGGCGCCCCUGUCGUGCGAGGUGUGCACGACAACGAUACCACCGCGUCACACGUACUGGUCGCGGAAAAUUACCGACAAGGUGUCGGCAUACACGCACGCCGACCCUGAUGACUGCAACCCCCCGGGAGCCGAUUCCGGCAACUGCACCAAAUGCCCGGCAACCGACGUCGACUUGUUCGUCUUCACCACCGACGGCGCGGAGCAGUGUGUUCAAUGCUUCGACCGUAAGCGCGUCACUGUCCUCCGCGCCGCUCAGGCUACCUGCGUCGAAAAGCGUGCCCGGUACAACAAACGGAACAACACGGUGGCAACCGUGACACCGACCACGAGCCCGACCAAACCGCCUGCUCCGUCGACGUCCGCCGCCGCCGCCAAGCCCGCUGCCGCCAAGACCGCUGCCGCCAAGACCGCUGCUAAAAACACUGACACCAACACGACCCGGGCCGCCAAGAAACCGAAGACCUGA